AUGCCUGCGAACAUGAGUUGGUGGCGGCGCCGACAACGGCGCACGGCGACGGGCACGGCACCGCUGACCUCUUCGAAAGAGACGCGAGUGACGAAGCCAGAUCCAGCCACUGUGGGCGCUAGUUCUCCCAGCAAGGCACCAAAGACGAUCUCCGCGCAGAACGAGGAGGGCGAAGCGAUGUCUGAGGCCUUUCGCAAGACGAUCCCCACGUACUGGGGACACAGCUCGGAGAGCACCGACUUCAACGCCAUGUUAUAUGUCACUGAGGAGAAACACAAGAUCUUCGAGCAACUGCUUGGGGAGACCUACAAAGCGCGGACCACACAAGACAGGCCAUGCCCCAAUGGCACCUGCGUCAAGACCCCUGGUGGAUGUGCCUGCGUUCAACCGGAGGGCGACCCAGGUUUGCCAGCCAGCUAUGUGAUCCGCCGGGUCAUUCGGGUGGAAGAUUCCAGGAUGUGGCGUCGCUACACUGCCAAGCGUGACAAGCUGCGUGAGCGGCAUGCAGAGGCCAUUCCGGAGCCCCCAGUGGAGACUGCAGGACUGGUGGGCGAACAUCCCGGCGUCUUCACGCCGGUCGAUGCACAAGCAAACGAGUUCUAUCUGUGGCAUGGAACUCAUAUCAGAGCUGCGCUGUCCAUUGCGCACGAGGACUUCCGGAUCGAUUUGGCAGGAUCGAACGCUGGCACCAUGUACGGCAAAGGCUGCUAUUUAGCAGAGAAUUGCACCAAAGCUGAUGAGUACGCCAGGGAUGAGCCUCAUGGCUAUUAUGAAGGCGUUUUCGCACUGCUUCUUUGCCGUGUGUGCAUGGGGAAGUACUUGUACACGACCGAGCGGUACGAGGAAGCAGGUCGCAAGGUCCAAUCGGGUGAGUUCGACAGCACGGUGGGCGACAGGACCAAGAAGGCCAACACCUUCAGAGAGUUCGUGGUUUACAACCCCGACCAGGUCUAUCCGGAGUACGUCAUCCUGUACUCCCGCCAGCCUCGGGCGGAGGCUUUGGAGAGCUUCUGCUUUCGCUUGUCAAAGCUCCAUGCAGAGCUCCCGGUCUACUGGCAGCACUGUCAUGUGAAUCCCACCAUCGACCGCUUCGAGGCGCAGUACCUCGUCCGUGCGACCUCGCGGCGUUUGCUGGAAGACCUGGCGAAUGCUUGCCACUGUGCUGGGAAGAAGGUCCUCGCCGCUCGGCGGAUCGAAGUGUCCAACAUGUGGAACCGCUACGUGCGCUUCAAGCUGAGGCUGAAGGAGGAGCUGGCGGCCUCCGGGUUGCCAGCCUUUGCCUCUGCACAGCUCUUGGAAGGGAAGAUGGACCGGGGAGAGAUCCUGACCUACACCUACCUGAAAAACCUUUAUGGACAAGGUGUGCAGACCACAAUCUCCGUGGACGGUCUGGAGGAUGUCAUUCAGGAGCACCUACUCUGGCAUGGGACCUCCAGAGAAUCGGCGGAGGCGAUUGUCAGAGCAGACUUUAGAAUUCCUCAGGAUGCCAAACACGGCUUUCGCUUUGGAAGCGGCUUGUACUUUGCAGAGGAUCUGAGCAAAAGUCUGAGCUAUGCACCACUGGAGCUUGGCUCUGAUGGCCGACGAUCCUCUCAGUUUGUGCUUCUUUGUCGUGUGCUGUGCGGACAGAUGCACUACACGGAGCAAAUGACCGAUAGCAAUGCCACUGCGCAAGCCAAGCAGGUGGGAAAGCACGCGGUGCUGGCGAACCCCUCGUCCAAAGGACCACGGGAGUUCAUUGUGCUAAGUGAAAUGCAGGCCACCGAGCCCACCUUCAUGAAGACCAUCGGGAUGAUCACCGGGAUUAGCUAUGUCUCCGGCAUCGACUACUACCGAGGCAUCAACGAGCGCGUCGCUCGGCUACUACCUGGCAAGAUCAUGCCUCACAACUCAGAGAUGGUCAUUGUUUCGGUGGACUGUGAUGAAUAUGUCAGGCUCUUGAAGGAAGAAGACACGGAGGGCGUUCAGGAGUAUCUUCUGCGUGCUGCAUGGAAGCUAGAUCGGGUGAUGGUGGACUUUAUCAUUAUCGCCUCCAACACCGCUCAUAUUUGCUAUAGCCCCAUGCGUGCGCGGUUUCCGGACCGCCCGGUGCUGCACAUCGCAGACUGCGUGGCGAAGGUGAAGCCAAGCAUGGACGCUGACUCAGAGGCGCGCGCGUGCGCCGCCAAGAAGAACACAUCGGCGUUGCCUCCUGGGAAGCGCGUGGGUUUGCUGGGCACGGAGCCCACCAUGCGCGACGGCUCCUGGUUGAAGGAGCGCUUAGCACUUCAUGGGGUCCAGGUCCUUGUGCCGCAGAAGGAUGAGGAUCGGCAGCGCUGCUAUCAGAUCAUUUGUGAUGAGCUGAGCUUCGAGAUCUUCAAGGAGGAGUCCCGCAGUUUCUUCGCCGACCUCGCAAGACAGCUUUACAGCGAAGGUGCAGAUGGCGGUGUGAUCCUGGGAUGUACUGAGAUCGAGCUCCUCCUGCGGCAGAGUGACGUGCCCGAGGUGCCACUCUACCGCUCGGCGGAGCUGCAUAUGGAGGCAGCGGCUCUGGUGCAAGCGGGGCAGGCGAACUUGGAGGAUUACUUGCCAGGCGAGUCCACAGCCUGA